GUUUGUGACUGCAACCUUUGGAAGCUCGUUGUGCUGUAAAAAGAUAACAAUGGAGUCUAAUUUUCGAAAAUUUGCCUCACUCAACCCUCGGAAACUGCCAGCGUCGCUUUUAGUCUGGAUGCAGCUUUUUGGCUCUGUUAGCCUUACUUAGAAGCGCAGUGAUGUCUUGCUGGGGAUUUGCACGGUCUGUUUAGCAUUGGCCAUCCGCAGAUAGAUAAAUAAGAUGGCUGAUAGUGUUAGCGGUAGCAACUCAGGCUCCUCAUCUAUCUUGCCCAAGAUACAGGAAAUAGGAAUAGCUGGUUCCUCGCCAUACAAUUCGUUUAGUUUCCCAUCCUCAACCUUGAUGGAAUUCCCUAGUUAUGAAUCAUUGGCUGCCAAAUCGCAAAUUACACCGAGUAAUACUGUAUCAUUGGGGGUGAGGACUGGUGAGUCUAAUGAGGAGGCUGGAGCAGAUGGAUUCCAAAUUGCCGGUUGGAAUGAUCCUGUUGCGUGUCAGCUUGAAGAGCUGCUGUCUCUUAAUUUAUAUGAAAAUUACCAGUGUGUGAUUAGGAAGAUUGCUGCUUUUGGGUAUAGUGAGGAGCUUGCUGAGAAGGCCCUUUUAAGCAUUGGGCUCAAUUCUGGGGGCAAAGACUUUGGUUCAAAUGUUGUAGAUCAUACUUUGGGUUUACUGAGGAAAGGGAAGGAGAUUGAUACUUCAAGAGGGUGCAUAUUUAAGGAUUUACAGCACCUAGUGGGGUAUACAUUGCUAGAGAUGAUAUGUGUGCUUAGAGCGGUCAAGCCAUUCUUAACUGUUGGGGAUGCAAUGUGGUGCCUGUUGAUUUGUGACAUGAACAUCUUACAUGCAUGUGCACCAGAAGGGAAUUUCCCAAGUUAUUACAAUGGUGAGGAAAUCUUGGGAGAAACCUCAAGUUCUGCUUUUCCCCAGUUGAAUCCUGAGGGUCAAAGUUCUCAAAGCGUUCAUCCAAAUAUUUCUAAAGCUUCAUUUCCCAAAACGCAGAACUUUCAAUUUGAAUCAUUAAAAUUUGGGUCGUUCCCAAAUUUAUAUAAUACGAGGCUCCCCCAUCUUUAUGAUGGACUAGACCAAGGAAAAGAAAGUCUGGUUUCUGCUUCAGAUACCAUGGAGAAAAACUGUGGGGCUAUGGGAGAUUUUUUCCGAAUUACAUCCCAACAUGCCGCGGAAGAAAAUUUGGAGGCUGGCAAAUUAUCGAGCACAAGUAAAAACAGAAGUGAGUUGAAGACACAGCAGAAGUGGUUCCCUCUUGAGAAAAAUUGUUGGGCUUUCAGUGGGGGGAGGCUUUCUAGCUCAGGUUUUUUGGUUGUGGAGAAAAGAAUAAAACCUCCAGGCAAUCCUCCUGUUAAGCAUAUGAAGAAAGCUUCCUCUCAGAUGUGUAUGGCAGUUGGAGCUGAUGGAAGGCAUCAUUUUUGUACUCCACCAGACCUACCUUCUUCAGAUGUUCUUGCUGCAUUACCUACAAAAGAUACCAUUUGCACUUUGCCUGCGAAAAAUACCAAGUCUUCUGUGUUAUUUCCUCCAGAAAAGAACACUACUUCAAAGCUAGAGUGUGGAAUUCUUGAGACUUCUAAAACUCCUGAUUAUUAUGCACGAAUCCCAUAUGACAAGUCUCUAAGGAAGUAUAUUCCACAGGAUAAGAAUGACGAAGUUAUAUUGAAGCUAGUUCCUUGGCUGCAAGCACUGCAGAAGGAACUCCAUGGCUGGAAUGAAUGGGCCAAUCAGAAGGUUAUGCAGGCUGCUCAUCGGCUCAGGAGGGACCAAUACGAGCUUAAGACAAUGAGGCAAGAGAAAGAAGAAACAAAACAAGAUAAGAAAGACCAGCAAACCUUGGAGGAGAACGCCAUAAGGAGGCUCUCUGAGAUGGAGUUAGCCUUACGGAAUGCUAGUGGUCAGGUUGAGAGUGCUAAUACUGCUCUUCGCAAGCUUGAGGUGGAAAAUACUGUGCUAAAUAAGGAAAUGGAGGGUGCUAAACUAUGGGCUGCAGAGUCAGCUGCUAGUUGUCAGAAAGCCACAGAAAGGGAGCAGAAGGCAUUGAAGAAGGCUCAGACAUGGGAGACGCAGAAGGGUCUGUUGCAGGAAGAGCUUGUGACUGAGAAGUGCAAGGUGACUAGGCUGCAAAAGGAAGUAGAAGAGGCAAAAACUCUCCUGAACCAGAUUGAGGUUCUGUCCAUAAGAAAGGAAAGAGAACAGCUCGAAGCUCUAAUGAAGACAGAAGAGGAUUUGAUCAAGCAACAAGCAAAGAAUGAUAUGCAGAAAUAUAUGGAAGAGAUCAAAAGGCUUGAGAACAAAUUAUCUCUGUUGAGAUUAAAGCGUGAAUCUUCAAGAAUGGUGGCAUUUCAAGGUGCCACUGGUGGAGGCUAUGCGAACUUCCUAACAAAGAGGAAUGCACAGGGUCCAAAGGGAAACCAAACUCCUGCUAUGUUCAACAGGGCUGUAGGUUUUGUGGACAGCAUGGGUACUCGAGGUGUGAGACGAGAGCGGGAGUGUGUGAUGUGCCUGUCUGAGGAAAUGUCUGUUGUUUUUCUCCCAUGUGCACAUCAAGUUGUUUGCGCAAAAUGCAAUGAGCUCCAUGAAAAACAAGGGAUGAAGGAUUGCCCCUCUUGCAGGACGCCAAUCCAGCAGCGGAUAAAUGCAUCUUAUGCCCGUAUAUCUGGAAGGGGAAUCGGGUAAUCUGAGCAAUGGUUUGGCAGUAGGGAAUUGUGUUGAAGUCCUCUGCAGAUCCUAUGUAUUGUCGCUUGUUUUUUUGGUUCCCAUUUUCGUUCCCUAAAAUGGUUUAUGGUUCAUCUACCAAAAUGGUAGGGAGAAAACACAGAGAAGAAAAAUGAAGAGAAAACCAAAGGCAGUUUGCUUUGUAAAGUGCUAGUUACUGGCUAUAUAACGUAUAUACAUCCUUUUUCUUCACUCAA